AGGAAUAAUGGACAUGACACCAAAAAGUGAUUUUGUAAAACAAAUCCCUGAUGAACUAUAUAAAAAAUACCUUAUGUCACUUGAAUCUUUUGAUAAUUUGAUCCCAGAAGAAACACAUGAGUUUUUUGUGAACUUUUUUGAACAAGAUUUGACAUGUCAACAGCGGUCAGAUGCUGUUGAUGCUCUUGAUGGAAGAGACUAUAAAGAAGAUGCCUUUUCAUUAGAACACAUGAAUCCCUUAUUACAGAAUGCUGAAGCAUUGGAAGCACCUCACUUGAACAAUUAUAUUCACCCCUGUUUCAAGGCUGCUCUUUGGCAAUGUGGAAAUGUCUAUUAUUCAUUUGGUGAGAUUCCCUCUGUUGGACAACAAAGAGGAGAUGGAUCAGGUCUGACAGUUGAUGCAGACAAAUAUGAAAUUGUCUAUGUGGAGGGCUCUCACUCAGCCAAAGUUGAAGAUGGGAAGGAAUUGAAUGAUCAAUCAAAGAUUGCUUUCAACUUAAGAAAGAUGUUGUUUGAUAUUGUCAAAGACAGAGUAGAAAAACGAUGA